AUGGUGUCGUUCCUCAACCUCCUUGCGCUCGCCCCUGCGGCUGUCUCGGCCGCUUCUAUCGGCGAUCCUUUGGGCCACUUCGCUCGCCAAAGUGACGCAGCCUGCCGCUGCUACCCCGGAGAUGCCUGCUGGCCGACGGCGGCGAACUGGGAUGCCUUCAACCAGACCAUCGGCGGGCGCCUCAUCGCGACGGUCCCCAUCGGCGCCCCCUGCCACGACAGCUCGUUCGGCGCCUACAACGAGGCCGAGUGCACGGCUCUCCAGAACGUCUGGAGCCAGGCGGAGACGCACAUCAAGACGUCGUCCUCGGUGAUGGCGGCCUUCUUCGCCAACCAGAGCUGCGACCCCUUCGUCGCCCGCUCCGCUCGCUGCGUCAUCGGCACCUACGUCCAGUACGCCGUCAAUGCCACAGGCGCCGACGACUAUGUCAAGACAAUCAAGUUCGCCCAGGACAACAACAUCCGCCUCGUCAUCCGCAACACCGGCCACGACUACCUCGGCAAGUCCACCGGGGCCGGCGCUCUGGCGCUCUGGACGCAUCACCUCAAGGACAUGGAGGUCCUGGACUACAAGUCCGCGUCCUACACCGGCAAGGCUCUCAAGCUCGGCGCCGGUGUCCAGGCGGGCGAGGCCCAGAGCGCCGCGCACGCCAAAGGCCUCGUCGUUGUUGGAGGCAACAGCCCGACCGUCGGUAUUGCGGGAGGCUACACCCAGGGCGGCGGCCACGGACCCCUCGUUUCCAAGUACGGCCUCUCGGCCGACCAGGUGCUCGAGUGGGAGGUCAUUACGUCCACGGGCCAGAGAAUCGUCGCGACCCCUACCGACUCCUCGGACCUCUACUGGGCCAUGUCCGGCGGCGGCGGUGGCGUGUACGCGGCCGCGCUGUCCGUAACCAUCAAGGCGUACCCCGACACCAUCACGUCCUCUGCCAACUUGACGUUCACCAACAGCGGCAUCUCGGACGACGUCUUCUACGGCGCCGUCAAGACAUACCUGAAGACACUGCCCGACGUCGUCGACGCCGGAGCUGUCAGCAUCUGGCUGUUGGCCGGCGGCGCAUUCUUUAUGCAGCCGACGACUCUGCCCAACAAGACCAAGGAUGAGCUCCAGACUCUGCUCCAGCCGUUCCUCGACGCGCUCGACGAGGCCUGCAUUCAGUACGGUAAGUCAAGACGAAGCGCGAACCGAAGCUGUUAUUACCACAUUGAGCAGUACGAUACCUUCCUGGACAGCUACAACGCCAUGAACCCGGAGCCCGCCGUCACCGAGUACAACAUUGGCGGCCGUCUUCUGCCCCGCACCCUCGUCGCCGACGACGCCUCGCUCACUAGUCUUACGGAGACGCUGCAGUCCAUCACCGACGACGGAGGCGUCAUCUCGGGCCUCACCAUCAACGUUGCCCGGCCCGACGACGCGGUCCCCAACGCGGUGAACCCGGCGUGGCGCUCGGCUCUCUUCUCCGCCGUCAUCGGAACCACCUACGACCGCGCCGAAUUUUCGACGCUCGAGGUCGGCCAGAACACGGUCACGGACGUGAUGCUCCCUAAGCUCAAGGCGCUGACGCCUGGCGGCGGAUCGUACCUCAACGAGGCGGACCGCAACGAGGUCGACUACAAGGACGUCUUCUACGGCGGCAACUACGCCAAGCUUAAGACGAUUAAGCAGAAGUACGACCCCUCCAGCACCUUCUACGCGCUCACAGGCGUGGGCAGCGACGACUGGGAGGUGCGGAGCGACGGCCGUCUCUGCAAGGUCGCGUAA